AUGGCAAGAAAAUACGAGGGACGUGCUGUCGGAAUAGACCUCGGAACAACCUAUUCAUGUGUUGCUGUGUGGCUUGACGAUCACAAUAGAGUUGAGAUUAUUCACAAUGAUCAAGGCAAUAGAACUACACCUUCUGUUGUUGCUUUCACUGAUUAUCAAAGGUUGAUUGGCAAUGGAGCUGAGAAUCAAUCUGCUACCAACCCCGAAAACACUGUAUUUGAUGCUAAGAGGUUAAUUGGUAGGAAGUAUAGUGAUCCUAUUGUUCAAAAGGAUAUCAUGUUGUGGCCAUUCAUGGUUACUUCUGGUGUUAAUGACAAACCCAUGAUUACUGUUAAGUACAAAGGUCAAGAGAAGCAAUUUUGUGCUGAGGAAAUAUCAUCUGCGGUUCUUACAAAGAUGCGAGAGAUUGCAGAGGCAUACCUUGGAUCACCCGUCAAAAAUGUCGUUGUUACUGUGCCGGCAUACUUCAAUGACUCUCAGCGAAAAGCAACCAUAGAUGCUGGUGCCAUUGCUGGACUUAACGUCAUUCGGAUACUCAAUGAACCUACUGCCGCAGCUAUUGCAUAUGGCCUUGACAAGCGAAGUAACUAUGAUGGUAAACGGAAUAUUUUGGUAUUUGAUCUUGGUGGUGGUACUUUUGAUGUGUCUAUACUCACAAUUAAGGGUGAUGUCUUUGACGUAAAAGCCACUGCUGGAAACACGCACCUAGGGGGAGAAGACUUUGAUAACAGAAUGGUGUACUACUUUAUUGGGGAGGUCAUUGGGGUGAAUGACAAACCCAUGAUUAUUGUUAAAUACAAGGGUGAAGAGAAGCGUUAUUGUGCUGAGGAAAUAUCAUCGAUGAUCCUCACAAAGAUGCGAGAGGUUGCAGAGAAAUAUUUAAUGUCCCCUGUAAAGAAUGCAGUUGUUACUGUGCCUGCAUACUUCAAUGAUUAUCAGCGAAAAGCCACUAUAGAUGCCGGGGCCAUUGCUGGCCUUAAUAUCAUCCGGAUAAUCAAUGAACCAACAGCUGCUGCUCUCGCAUAUGGCCUUGACAAGAGAACAAAUUGUGCUGAAGAACGAAAUAUAUUCAUCUUCGACCUUGGUGGUGGAACUUUUGAUGUGUCUCUCCUUACAAUUAAGGAUAAGGUCUUUCAUGUUAAAGCCACCGCUGGAAACACUCACCUCGGAGGAGAGGACUUUGAUAGUAGAAUGGUGGACCACUUUGCACAAGAAUUUAACAAGAAGAACAAGGUGGACAUUACUGGAAACUCAAGAGCCUUAAGGAGGUUGAGAACGGCAUGCGAGAGAGCAAAAAGGACACUAUCUUUUGCUUCUUGCACCACCAUUGAAUUAGAUUCUUUAUUUAAUGGCAUUGACUUUAUUUCAUCAAUCACUCGUGCCAAAUUUGACGCAAUCAAUAUGGAUCUGUUCAUCGAAUGUUUGGAAACUGUUGAGAGUUGUCAUAAUGAUGCCAAGAUGGACAAGAGUUCUAUCCAUGAUGUUGUUCUUGUUGGUGGCUCCUCUAGAAUUCCAAAAAGCAUCAACCCUGAUGUGGCCGUUGCUUAUGGCGCAGCCGUUCAGGCUGCUUUAUUAUGUGAUGGCUUUAAGAAUGCUCCAAACUUGGUGUUUCAAGAUGUCACCCCAUUGUCUCUAGGCCUGGCAAUAAAAGGAGAUCUGAUGACUGUUGUGAUUCCUAAGAACACGUCCGUUCCCGUCAAGAAAACACAGACCUAUAAGACAACGGAAGAUAACCAAGAUUCUUCUGUUAUUAUUGUUUAUGAGGGUGAGAGAGCAAGAGCAAGUGACAACAAUCUGCUUGGUUCUUUUAAUCUUUGGCUCCCAGCUGCUCCUCGUGGUCUUCCACUAGAGGUAUGCUUUGACAUCAAUGAAAAUGGAAUCUUAGUCGUUUCUGCGAGUGAAAAAUCUACUGGUAAUAGGACUGAGAUUCCAAUAACUAAUGAAAAAGAAAGAUUGUCGUCUCAACAAAUUAAAGAAAUGACUAGAGAAGCUGAAAAUUACCGUAUUGAAGAUGAGAAAUUCCUAAGGAAGGCCAAUGUAAUGAAUGGAUUAGACCAUUGCAUUUAUAAGCUGAAGAAAGCUCUAAAGAGGAAGGAUGUUAAAUUAAAUCUCUCAUCUAAAGAAAAUGACAAGAUCAAUAAUGCAAUUACGAAGGCCACAAAUCUGCUUGACAGUGAUAAACAAAGUGAAAUUGAUGUUCUGGAAAAUCAUCUGAAGGAGCUUGAUAGUAUAUUCCAACAAAUCAUUGGAAGAUAUGUCUAG